GCAGUCGGGUGACCUGGCUCAAGGCAUCUCAGCGGUGCCCCUGCUGCUCCCUUGACGGCGCCGGAGAUGCCGGAAGGCCCGUCCGUGAGGAAGUUCCAGUUGCUGACCUCGCCUUUCGUGGGGCAGGUGGUGGCCAAGGCAGGAGGAAGCAGCCGACAGAUUAGCCUGAAUGAGCUGCAAGGACUGGAGCUCCAGGACUCCCAGGCCCAUGGAAAGAACUUGUUCCUGGCAUUUGGCACUGCUGUGAAAGCACAGGUCCUGCCCGAAGGGCCGUCUCAGGCACCUGUGGACAAAGAGGCAGCUGUCCCGGGAGAGGCCGGCAGUGGGGCACAUGCCCAGGAGGGACAGGCGUGGGCAGCUUCUGACCCUCAGAGAAGUGUGGAGGAGCAGCAUUUGCAAAGGGAGCAGGAUCCUGAGGACCAGGAUGCGGCCGUCGGCUCUCGGAACUGGCUGCGCUUCCAUUUUGGCAUGUUCGGCAGCGUCCGGGCUAACGAGUUCUCAAGAGCUAAUAAGGCAAACAAGCGAGGGGACUGGAAGGACCCUGUGCCCAGGCUGAUCCUGCACUUUGCGAACGGGGGCUUCCUCGUCUUCUACAACUGCCGAAUACACUGGAGCUCCUCUCCGACGGCCAAACCCACCAUUGACAUCUUGUCUGCUGACUUCCAUCGGGGACAGGCUUUGGAAGCCCUUCGCCGGCCAAUGCCCGUCUGCUACACCCUUCUGGACCAGAGAUAUUUCUCGGGUCUGGGGAACAUCAUUAAAAAUGAGAUCUUGUAUUUGGCGAAGAUCCACCCAUUAUCACAAGGGUCCCUCCUGGCUCCGUCCAAUCUCGACGCCUUGCUUGAUCAUGCCGUUCAGUUCAGCACCCACUGGCUGCAUCAGAAACUGCACGGGGAACGAUUACACCCUCAGAUCUACCAGAAGGAGAAAUGUCCUCUUGGGCACAUGGUGAUGAAGGGAACUCUUGGUCCCACACGUGGGCUUCAGAGACUUACCUGGUGGUGCCCUCAGUGCCAGCCUUGUGUGCCAGCAGAAACCAAAGACUAUCCUCCUAUGCAUACCCCAAAAUCUUCCAGCCUUUAUGGGGACUGAGAACAUGCUGUCCUUUCUUGGCGUACGUUGCAUGAGGGUGAGGAUGGCUUGCAACAAGCUCCCAGUUGCACUGAGCAGAAAUCGCUUAUCUGUGAUGACAGAAAAGCAGAGAAAAUUCAGUUUGUUAAAAAGAGAUGAAAGGGUUUCUAUGUUCAUGUUGCAUUGCAGGGAUCAGUGCAGCAAGUAAGGGAGUUCUCUGCAAUAGUUGAAAAUACUUGGUACCAAUUUGUGGUUAAGGGGUUUAAUAUGUAGACAUUGAAAAUAACUUAAAUGUUAAUAUGUUAAAUUUGUCAUGACCAUAAAGCAGCAUCAGUAGCAUCAGUGUGACAGCUGUUCUCCUGAUCACCUUGUUUGUGUUGCUGUUCUCCUGCUCAUCUUAUUUAUUUUAUCCUUAUUAGAGAUAGGAAAUGAGGUCUUGUCAUCAUUAUGGAGUUAAAUGAGGUCAUCUUAAGCACCUCGUAGGAAGAACCUGUAACCAACUCCUGAGCAUUUGUAUUUGCUACGUCUCUGUGUCUAUGCACAACAAUUAAUCAGGUUUUAGUUAUGACCCUCCCUGUAAAUAACAGACUUGCAGUCGAUGUUUUGCUCUUUCUAUGUA